CUCCUACGUGUCACUGCGGGUAAUUCGCCAUUUUCCACUGAUACAGAUUUCUGGCCUAAAAAUCAUAAUAUCCUGUUAAUUUACCCAGAGCUGUAUUACAUUAUCUCUUUUAUUAUAUUGGUGCUAUCAGGGGGCAUACAAUAAAAAAAUACUCAUUUGUGGCAGUUUAAACCUACGCUGAUCCUGCUGCAGUUCCCGGCUUUUCAGGGAAGACGGUAUGUUUUGAAUUGUAACCGGUGAGAGUGUAAUGUGCGCCAGUUAUUCAUUUCUACCCUAUCAUCCCGUUGACCAAACAAUUUUGGAAAGGAUAUCAUUGUUUAAAUAGGCAAUGUGCGCUUCAUCAAUGUCAUUAUCUUUGUCGGCACCGACAAUCGCAGAAGUCAAAUAUUUUAUUCUGUGGUUGUUAUUUGUAUUGUUCUUUUCACUUAGAAAAAAAGAGCGAAACGUAUUUGAUUUUCCGUUCUUGUAACGAAAAGAACUCCUCGAACCCCCUUUUACCGAUUUGCCGGUAAGGCUUUGUGAGGCAAGGUGGGGCCGGGUGAUGGUGAACCGCUGGGAUGUGAACGGGUCGCCAGGUUAGAACACCGGCACGGAGGGAGGUGGGGAAAGGAGAAAUGAUCGGAGGGGAGGAGGCGGCCGCUCGCAAUGUUUAUUUGGGUGAUGUAAGUGAAAGAACAUCGGUGCGUCAGUAAUAUAGCAGCAGUUUUAAUCACCGUUUUUUGUGCCAUUCCUUGCUCCGCGGCACUUGUGCAGUCUUUUACCAUGUUGAAAACUACUUUGCUCUCAUGGCAAUUUCAUGCGCGGGGAAUCGACAACUUCACCUGCGUUUGGUGCAUAAUUGCUACUGUUUGGGGCAUCUAGCAGGCGGGCGCCUAGACUGCAUCCAGCUCAGAUGGACAUGCCAGCCAGCUGGACUGCAGGCUCUUAUUUCCUUGGCGAUAUGCGUAUUUCGUUCCCGAACUCAACGAGGAGCCGGCCGACUGCGUCCUCCAAAACCAGCCUGUUCAUGGAGGUGCUGAUGGUGCUCAUGUGCCUCGGCGCUGUCACUGGUAACAUUCUUGUCAUCGUGAUCGUGGCUGCCACCAAGACCUUCCACUCGGUAACAUCGGUGCUUAUAAUUAACCUCGCUAUCAGCGACUUCCUCGUUGGCAUUGGCGUCAUGCCCUUUGUGGCGGUGUCUGUUAUGAACAGCGGCUGGGUCAACUGUACCGACCUGUGUCUGUACGUGGGGUACACCUCUUCCGUUUACUGUACGGCUUCGGUGCUCACGUUGGCCGCCAUCGCCCUCGACCGAUACUACUCCAUCGUGGACUGCCUGAGGUACAGCUCGAAGUGCACCGUCUGGCGGACGGGCUCCGCGGUGGUGUGGAUCUGGCUGCAGGCUAUGCUCACCAGCUGCCCGCCCCUACUUGGCUGGAGCAGCGUGGAUUAUGUGGCCCCCAUGUACAGCUGUGCCGUCAACUGGUCCAGCAGUCCUAGUUACACUACCUUCAUGGCCGCCCUCUCCUUCCUGGUGCCGGCCGGCGUCAUCCUCUUCUGCUACGUGAAGAUUGUCAAGGUCGCCCGCUGCCACGCUCGCAGGAUCCACGACCUGGAAGACCACCUACAGCGCAGCUGCAGGCUCCGGGCCCCGCCAUGCCCCACGGACCCAUGCCAGGAGGCCCCCAGCACCUCCCGGCUGGUAUACUACUUGAGUGGACGGUUCGUCUCCGAGGCCCCUGUGGAUGCAAGUGCUUUGGGGGCAGGUCUUCCAAAUGGUGCCGCUGGUCCCCAGUCCUGCCCCGGCACCUCCAGCCAAUCAGGGGGACGCCGCUUGCCGUCCCUCCUUGCGCACCUCCAGAGCAGCAGCCAGCAUCAGCACCAUAGCUCCAACCCCCACCAUGGGAUUGUGCGUCUCCUGCUGGUCAUUUCUGCUUUCCUUCUCUGCUGGACACCCUACAUCGGAGUAGCACUUGUGCAGGCCAUAGAGACCGCCCUGUCCCGCCGCACUAGCCUGGUCCCUCCUUCAGCAGUCACCUUCUCCUAUUGGCUGGUCCUGUUCAACUCCGACAUUAACCCUCUGCUGUAUGCACUGCUCAGCCAGCGCUUUCAGGGGGCGCUCAGGAGUCUCAGGCGCAAGCUGCGAGCCAGCCUAGGUGGUACUGUUUUGAGUGGAGGUGGAAGACAUGCUGGGAUGGAAGAAGGGCUUGACUGUCGAGCACCAUGUACCUUAACGAUCCCGCAUUUCCGGUCUCAACAGAGUCACCAAAGUGCCGCUACAGAAAGGACAACCUGCCGUUCCUCCGUUUUCUCUCUGGAGUCUGACAUCCCUAAUGCUUACAGAGAACACUUGGGGAACAUCUUCUUGCCACACAGCUCUUCUUCAUCUUGCUGUUCCUCCUCCUCCUCCUCCUCCCCCCCUUGCUCUGCAUGGCAGGACAGCAAUGGAGAGUGUGCCUGUCGGAAAAUUGAGCGGCUGCAGGUGCCCUCCCAUCCACAAGAGGGAAACAGACUGCCCUCGUCAGUGGCUACAAUGGAUAGGCAGGCGACAUUCUUUUACGGGGAAAUCACUGUGAGGGUGGAGCAUGACGUGUGCUGAGAAAUCCUUUGAGCUACAGACAGCAUGAGCUCAGAAUCUUUGUAGGUAGAAUAUGUAUAUUAUGCUUUAACAAGCAUAUGUUAGUUUGUCAUUUUCUAGUACUUUUUUCGUGUGGUAAACCAUGAAAUGGGGUUUGAUUAGUGACAAUCCUUGGAAAACAGUACACGAUUCAACAGGUUUUUUUCCCCAUCAUAAAGGCAUCAGAUGCAUUGCGAUUGGGUAAUCACCUUGCCGUAAAACACCAGUACCAAUAUAACACUGUCAAUAAGCUGCCCAUGAAGUUAAAUAACUGUGUGGGGAGCUGAGACCUUUUCACACUUAAUAGUUUCAAUACUGACUUUUAGAUACUAGACUUCUUCCUGUGGCCCUGGACUACUCUGUUCAGAACCUGAUCUUUCCUCGUGUAUUACUGUCUCAUUUGCCUCAUUUUUGAGGUGAUUAAAAACGUAGGGAGUACUAGCAGGCUUGGGGAGUAACGGAAUGCAGUUAGUGCGCUAUGUAAUCUGGAUACAAAAAUAAAUGACUAUUCCAUUACAGGUACUGAGAUAAACAGCGCCUCUCAUCAUACAUGACCUCUCACGAGAUUUGUUGCCGUCCCUCUUGUAAUCAGUCUCUCGAACCUGCGGCGUAAGUCCCCCCUACCUGCGGCUGGCUCCAGGUUCCAGGCUGCAGACGUACCCUUCUCCAUUACUGCUCUUUUUUCCUGAUUUUUUUUUUCCACGCUCCAUUUUAGGAGAGCUACGCUGCUGUACCAGAUUGAUACCCAUAAAAAAAAAAACUUUUAAAUGAAGCUAGACAGGCACACAGGCCACCAGCAUUUCAGUAGUACUUACUACAAAUUAACAAAAUAGUGUGCAGUACUUCAGUUUCAUUGGUAGGAAAUCACAUGAAUUCAGCUUUAUUUAUAGUCCCAAAUCACAUGGACAACACACAUAAUGCUGUCUGUUGUUAAAUCCUCACGUAGGAUAAGAUAAUUUCCUCAUUGCUGUUAUUAAGGGUCCAAAGUACGUAGUGUUAUGGAACACGAUUGUUUUUGUUAGAAUUCUUCUUCUAUUUCUUAUUUUUGUUGUCUUGUUCAUAUUCCAGCUUUUACCUCAACGGCGUUCCAUAAUAAUGUGUAUAUGUAUAAUUUAUUAUAUUUAUUUAUAUAUUAACACGUUCCGUUGCAUAAUAAAUAAUGAUCUUUUCAACAUUU